AUGUUGGUUUUAUGUGAGGGGGUGGGCGAUGACGAAAAAAGCGUCUCCACCAGUGACUCGGCGCCGCUGUCGGUAAACUCAAUCUCGCGACCCCCACCGCUGGCUCCGGAAGGACGUCGUCUGAGAUACCCUCUGCAGGGCCCCAGAGAAAUGGAUACAAACAGGGCGACGCCAUUGGCGUACGUCCCGGCAGAGAUGCACCCGCUCCCAUGCUUGGCAUCGGUGUUCAGCGUCACCGGCGGCGGUACAGUGGAGGAUUUGAACAGUGUCUCGCUCGACUCUAGUGAACUACCGAGUUGGGCCUUCACAGCACCGGACGAGGAAGACACGUACAGGGCUGAAGAGGCGGACGAGAGCCUCGUUAUCCAGAAUCUGCGCGGAGGCGUGCAGAGCGACGAGGAUGUCGGCACAAGGAGUGCCGAAGACGCGCAUGCGUGUGUACGAAGGCUUCACGAUGGCUCUCUCUCCCUGUCAGCCAUCGCGGGCACCACCGCGGCGACAAGAGUGGCACGCGAGCAAAAAGAGAAGUGGAACUCAAUCAGCGUCUCAGAAGCCCUGUGGCGCCUGGUGCUGCCAUCCCUCAGCGCCCCUUUUCUGCCGACGACGUCAAAGCCGUCGACAGCCGCUGCCGAUCGCGCAUUUUCGCUCGAUGGCCGGAAACCACUUGAGCGUCUAAUGGACUGGGUCGUGUUCCCGCCGCGUCGCGGGGCUGUGGAGUCGACGGCAAGCAGCGCUGUGGUCACCAGCGCGCGUCCCUACCGCGGCUUUCGCGGAGAUGUCGAGGAGGCCAUUAGUCAGCUGAAUGCGGUGCAGCUCGAGGUGGCAAAGCUGCGACUGCAGCAGGUGUUGGCAGCUGUGAAUGCGGAGCAGAUGAGGCGCGCGGACUAA